CAAAUAACUACGAUACCUUCCAACUAGAGAAAUCUAGAAAAUUUGUGAAUGACGUGUCGAUUUAUCUUUGGGUGUUUAUUUGGUACUAAUUUAAUAAUUUUCAACGCAGUUACCAAAUUUCAGUCGAAGUGAAAUAAACUUGUGUAAAGUGAAGUGUAUAAUAAUUGUUAAAAAAACUAGAAUUGUGUUUCAAUAAGAAGAAAAAGUUGAGAAUCGAGAUAAAAAUAUCAUUUUCAUUAUGGCGACAGCGUCUGUCCAUUCAUUCCUAAAUUCAUUUAACUCCAAAUUGGAACAACCGGUGAGGCAACAUCUUAAAAAUGUGUACGCCUGUCUUGCAAUGUCAACAAUGGCUGCAGCUUUGGGCGCUGCAGUCCACCUUUUCACGAAUAUCAUACAGGCAGGGUUUUUAUCAGCAAUAGGAGCUCUAGUGUUCUUUUUCCUUUUAAUGAGCACCCCUGACGAUAACGGCAAAUCCAUGCCUACAAGAGUCGGUUAUCUCCUUGGUUUCACUUUCCUUACCGGCGUAGGUUUAGGUCCUCUCUUAGAACACGUCAUAAUAAUAGAUCCGAGCAUUAUAAUAACUGCUUUUGUCGCUACAUCGGCAGUUUUUCUUUGUUUCUCCAUCUGCGCCAUGUUGUCCGAAAGGGGAAAGUGGUUGUACCUAGGCGGUACUUUGAUGACUAUGUUAACUACCCUCAUGGUACUUUCGCUAGCUAAUAUUUUCUUUGGAGCUAAAUGGAUCUAUCAGACUCAAUUAUAUUUGGGAUUGUUGGCCAUGUGCGGAUUCGUACUCUUCGAUACCCAGAUGAUUAUUGAAAAACGUAGAUUGGGAAGCAGGGAUUUCGUCGCUCAUUCGCUGGACCUAUUCGUCGACUUUAUCGGGAUCUUCAGAAGAUUGGUCAUCAUCUUAACUCAGAAGGAACAGGAAUCGCGGAAGAAACGCAAGGACUGAGGACGAUUGAACGAAAGCGAAAAAUUCAAUAGAGGGAUAAAUGUGGAUGAGGGGGGGACUAAAUUGUGAUAUAAAAAUAUGAUUUAUGUCAAUAAAUAAUCAUCGCUUGAGUUCCAAUAAAAUAUUUUGUUUGUGUUGG